AUGGGGAAGGUUAUUGAACAAAAAGACCAGGUAAUAGAAGAGAAUCUACAGGUAAUAGAAGAGAAUCUACAGGUAAUAGAAGAGAAUCGCCAGGUUAUCCACACCAAAGAUCUACAACUUUCUAUGCUGAGACAAGAGUUGGAAGAAAUUCGCGAACGUCUCAGACCUCAGUCAGCUCCUGUUGGCAAAGUUGAAUUUGACUCAGAAGACAAAUCUGAUGACCCCGAUGUAAGAGAAAGUCAGAACAGCAGUCGCAACGAGGAUGUAAAUUUGGUGACUUGCCAAAUGUGUCUUGACGCUCCCAUGCAGGUCUUGCUGCGUCCAUGUAACCAUCUGUGCUGCUGUGCUCUGUGUGUCUCCAAACUGGACGGACGAUGCCCCAUUUGUCGACAAUUGACCACAGACAUGGAGAAAGUCUAUGUGUCUUGA